CCGUAUUUACGGUUGUAAACUGACCGUGGAUCAGUUAUCAGCUGGUAUCCACCGCUGUGAUUAGCUGUUUGGGGAACUGAAGCCGACCUCAGAUCAGCUGUCAGGCGUCCACACAAGCUCUCGGAGGACUUCACCGGCGACCGACCGCCAGAUUAAAAAGAUGAAGGACACGUCAGUGGAUGAGCAGCCAUGGUGCUGUCUCACCUCCCUCUCCCCUCCCUCUUCCUCCUCUUCCUCUCUCCCCUCCCUUGCACCUCCUCGUCACAAACCUCCACCCGUGGAUACACCCUGCCUGCCGUGGCCGCAGCAGGUCCAGUCCUGCAGGACCGGCCUUUUGUUGUGGUGUGGAACAUGCCCACGUCGCACUGUCUGGAACGAUACAACAUCAACCUGGACCUGAGAGAUUUCGAUAUAGUGGCGAACCGACAGCAGAGCUUCCAGGGACAGAAAAUGACUAUCUUCUACCGGGACCACCUGGGGAAAUACCCGUACCUCUCCCGAGACGGCAACAAGGUGAACGGUGGAAUCCCGCAGCUCAGUGACCUCGCCGCUCACCUUUCCCUUGCAGAGACACAGAUAUCUGGCAUGCUGCUGCCAGACUUCGCCGGUUUAGCUGUUAUCGACUGGGAAGAGUGGCGGCCAGUGUGGGAGAGAAACUUUGGAACCAAGAUGGAGUACAGAAGACUGUCCAAGAUGCUGGUGAGACAGGAGAGUCCGGAUUUGUCAGACGAGGCCGUGACGUUAUUGGCGAGGCAGAAGUUUGAGGAGAGCGCGCGGAAGUUCAUGGAGGAGACGAUGCGAGCGAUGGUCGGAGAUCGUCCUCAGGGACUUUGGGGGUUUUAUGGUUUUCCAGUCUGCGCCAAUAAGAAUAAGAGAAAGACAGAUAAAAGCUACACAGGUCGUUGCCACAAGGGGACCAGAGAGCAGAAUAAUCGUCUGUCCUGGCUCUGGAGUCAGUCCACUGCUCUCUAUCCAAGCAUAUACCUGCCACAGCGGCUAGCAGGAUCCAUGGACGCAGCUCUGAUGGUCAGACACAGGCUGCUGGAGGCUUUGAGGGUUGCAUCUCUUUGGCGCCGUGGUAACCACACCACACCUGUCCUUCCCUACGCUAGGCUAGCAUUCACACGCUCUCUCAACUUUCUUAAUAAGACAGACCUGAUGCACACAUUGGGAGAGAGUGCGUCACUGGGAGCUGCUGGAGUGGUGUUAUGGGGAGAUAUGAAAUUUGCCAAAUCCAAGCAUCAGUGCGGCCUCCUCAGAGACUACAUUCACACUGUCUUGGGUCCCUUCGUCUGGGCACUGAGGUCUGACACCCAGCGCUGUUGCAUCAUGCGUUGCCAUGGCAACGGGCGCUGUGCCAGGCGAGACCCCAGCUCCGGUCACAUGCUCUCUUCACUUUCAGCUAUCACUUCCAAUCCUAAUGACGUCAACUUCCUCCCUGACUCCUCCAGUGACAAAGUUUUUCACGACCACUUCCUGUGUCAGUGCUACCCGGGUUGGACCGGACCGGAGUGUCAGGAGAAGACCAACGACGAGAACAGAGAGAGAGAUGUGUAACCCAAACCUCUCUAUUAAGAUGCCGUCAGCCGUUGCUCAGAUCUUUGGCUGAAAUUCAGAUAAAUUUUUUCUCGUUAAAUUUUAAAUUUUGAUUUAAAUGAUAUGAGGUGUAAAACUUCUUGGUUAAACUAUUCAUUGAUUUUAAUUAUUUUAUUACUUUGACAAACUCCAGCACUCACUGGAAGCAACUCAUUUACAUUUUCUUAAUUUCUUUCUCUCUACUUACUGUUACUUUUUACAUUUUCUGAGCUGCACUCAUCACAAGAAGAUCUUGAACGACAGUGAAUAAAUCUUUUUGCAGCAGGAAACAAAAUAAAUUUGGCCAAGGGACGUAAAAUCUGGGUGAAAAUCAAAUCUAAUCAAACAUAUUUGCUUCUUUUAAGAAAUGAACACACAAAAUGAUGAGUCUUAUGUAAAAAGUAUGACAUAAUUACACACAGUUCACGAACCAUUGAAAUGUUUUGAAAAUAAUUAUAUAAUUUGUUAUCUAAUGCUAAUAUUGGGAGAUAAAUUCUUCAACUUUUGCUUAUGUAACCUUUUUUUUUUUGUUUGUUUGUUUUUAAACACAAGAAUACAAACAGGCCAACAAAUACAUCAUUGGAAAACUGUCUUGUUUGUGUUAUUGCAUUUAAUGAUUUGAUAUCAGAGUCGGUUGGCUGACUUUAUGUCAGCCAAACUUAUUUUUACUGGCUGUUGUUCCACAUGCUACUUUUUCUGUUACGCACAAUGUUAAAUAAAUGACACUUACACUUCCUCACACAAAAUAACAACAUGAAAAGUAAACAGCCUUUCCAUUUUUAAAGAUAUUGUCUCAUUUGAACACAUUUUGUAUGACAGAAUGGCAACGUUUUACCUUGCAGAGACUUAUAU